AUCCUGCGGCACAUAAACAUAUCAGCAACCUACGUUACGCGCCAUCUUCUAGCUACCGACCAGAAAAUAUACGUAGCAUAUAAACCCACUUGCUUAUUUUUUGUCCAAAUAACCGCUUUUAUUAGCUAUACCGAGCAAUGAGUGACCUUGAGGAAGGAAACUAUGAAGGGCGGGUAAGUAGUUCCCGUCGAAUGAUAUCGGUGACACCUUCCUUUCUUCCCUUUCUCUUCCGUGUGGCUUUCAGUAAAGAACAUUGUUAGGAUACACUAACUACUAGCCAAUGGGGUCACGCUCCCCAUCUAAAUCGGAUCGUGGGAGUCCAGCUCGGGUCAAGUCGGAGAGCAGGUCUGGCUCUCCGAGCCCAUCCCGGGUCUCCAAACACUCCGAGUCCAGAUCACGCUCUCGGUCAAAAUCCAGAUCUCGUUCUAGACGGCACUCAAACCGCCGGUACAGCCGUUCACGCUCUCGGUCCUAUUCCCACCGGAGGAAGUCCCGUUCUCGUUCCUACAGCCCUGAAUACCGGCGCAGGAAGAGCCAGAGCACGUCCCCUAUGUCAAACCGGCGCCGUCACACCGGCAGUAGGAGCCAUGACUUCACAAAAGAAGCAUACAGUCAUGGCGGUGGUGCUGAUGUUAGGGCGAACCCUGAUCCGAGCACGUGUUUGGGGGUGUUUGGUUUGAGCCUGUACACGACUGAGCGUGACCUGAGAGAGGUGUUUUCACGCUACGGUCCUUUGGCUGGAGUCAACGUGGUGUAUGACCAGCGCACAGGUCGCUCCCGUGGAUUUGCCUUUGUUUACUUUGAGAGGCUUGAAGACUCUAAAGAGGCAAUGGAGCGAGCCAAUGGCAUGGAGCUGGAUGGGAGGCGCAUCAGAGUGGAUUAUUCCAUUACUAAACGUCCCCAUACCCCUACGCCAGGAAUCUACAUGGGCCGACCUACACACAAUGGUGGUGGUGGUGGGGGUGGUGGCAGCAGCAGAAGGGGAAGAGAGUCAUAUUAUGACCGCGGCUAUGACCGCUACGACAGAUAUGACGAGUACGACUACAGAUAUAGUCGCAGGCGCUCUCCAUCACCGUACUACAGUCGAUACAGGUCUCGCUCACGGUCUCGCUCCUACAGCCCACGACGCUACUGAGUUGCUUCUUUCAACAUUCAGCAUCCCUCCAAUAACUGAUGGGUGUGUGUGUGUGUGCUUGUGGUACAUCAAGGUGUUUCAGAGGGAAACAUUUUGAUUAAGCAUGUCUAUAUCAGCAGAACUCUUGAGUUUUAAAAUAGUUCUUGUUUACAUGAAAUAGAUGUCUUAAUUUUUAGACCUUUGGAUGCAUCCGUGUUGAGUUUGAGCACAGAAAUCAGCACCUGUGGCUUACUCUUGCCUCAUUUUUAGACCUCCAUCUUUCCUUCCUCCUUCAUUUUCUGGAGCUCGGAUCGCGUGUUUUGCUCACUUAUGGUUGAUCAGAUUUGUUGUACUCAUCACUGUUAACUUUGUACUCAAGAUAGGGAAAGAAAAAAGUGACACUUGAUUUUGCAGCCUGUAUUAAUGAUGCACUCUGUGUGUAUAAAGAUAACAAAUUAAUGCGAGUGUUAAUUUUGACACUAAAUAACUUUAAUGGUAUCUGAAUCAGGUGGUUAAAAUGAAGUGCUACCAACAUCAGAAGUUCAAAUUUUUUUUCCCCAGUCAAGAAGUUAUUGUUUAAGUUUUCAGAGUUUUAAUAUCAUGUUUUGCAAUUUGUUUUAUUUUUAUUGUUGUUUCUUUGUAUGGAAAAUACAAAUUUAUGAAAACCGCGAAAAGUUUGUAAGGUGUUUUUCUGACUUAAUGUGCAUGAAAUUGAAGUUGGGAUUUAGUUGUACAGGUGGGAGUGAAUGCUGUAAGUUGAGUGGAUGAGGUGGGAAAGCAAGAGAUUCACAGAACAAGAUUAAUUCCAAGGUGGUGUGCACGAUAAGAUAUCGACACAAACUUAAAGUCGCCUGCUGUAUUCUUGUGUUGAAACUACAGUGUAUCCUCAA